AUGGCCGCAUUCAAUCGCUUAGUACGCUUUGCCCAGGGUGAAGCAAAGUAUUUUGGCGAGCUUCUGGAGCACGAUGGCAGCGUUUACACAGUAAAGAAGCUUCUUGGUAGCCCAUUUGACAAACUAGAAGCAACUCGAGAGGUCAUCAAGACAGAACAGCUCCUGUGUCCUCUGGAGUCUACCCCAAUUAUAAUUUGCAUUGGAUUAAACUACAAGAGCCAUGCCGAAGAGGCCAAGCUUACGGUUCCCAAAUAUCCUGCGGUUUUCGUUAAGCCAGCAGACGCCCUCGCUGGUCCUACCGAUACAAUCCCCGUCCAUGUAGACGCCCGACCCAUGCUCGAUUAUGAGGCCGAACUCGGGGUAGUAAUUGGCAAGGAUGCAAAAAACGUCACAGAAGCAGCGGCGUUGGAUUAUGUGCUAGGCUACACGGCAUGCAACGACGUCUCGGCGCGCAACUUCCAAAUACCUGAAGCUUCUGGAGGUCAGUUCUGCUACGCCAAGUCUUUCGACAAGUUUGCCCCCAUCGGCCACACGAUCGUCCACCCGAGCGAAUUUCCAGACCCUAUUGCCAGCCGAAUUACAGCAAAGGUCAACGGCGAGAUAAAACAAGAUUCCAACACGAAUGACUUGAUCUUUGGCGUCAGGCAGCUGAUUAGUCAUUUAUCAAGGGGUACUACUUUGCGAAAGGGAACAGUCAUCAUGACUGGAACGCCUUCAGGCGUGGGAUACUUUCGUAACGAGUUUCUCAAGGGUGGUGACGUCGUAGAAGUCGAGAUUGAAGGAGUGGGCAAAAUUAGGAAUGUCAUCUCGCAUUCCGAUUAG